GUACGUGGUCGGCCAUAUGUGACCCAAUCAGUAAUCCCAAUUGGAUGCCUAUUGAGGAUGAGAAGUACGACCGAAACUACACGAAUGGCCGACCUCUUGGUUUCCAGUCUUCCGUCAUCAGAUACUUCGAAACCGAUGCAGGCGGACCGAGUCCUUGUUUCACAGUCCCCAACGCCCAUGAUAAGAGAAUAGAAAUCAUGGCGGAAUCGUCACCUGCUGGAUCGGUCAUCUGUGUUGAGGAUCAGCUUGGACGUGAAUUUUGUGACACCAAACUUUAUGAUUGUCGUCAAGCAGCAGACGAUACAGUAUUUUUCAGAUUUUUCUGUGACGCUCAAGGGUGCAGUGAUAGUGACGUCACAUUUUGGUUUCGUUUCACUGUCAGUCUUCCACCGAACGAAUUAGAUCCGGAGUUAUGGUGCAAUGAGCGUAAUACAGACGAGUACCCGAGUUCACUCUUUAUACCGCUGCCGACUGGACGGGACCUUAUACCGAUUACACCAUCAAGUACCGCCUCACCGAUGCAUGACAGUUUAAGUUUCAUGUUCUUAUUUAUGUUUGGUGUGAUUAUUAUACCACUAAAUCGAUAGUAUAUAAUGCAACAUAAUGAGAAACGAUAGAAAUCAUUUUUUGUAUUAUUAAUUAUUCGUAUUAUUUCUACUAAUAGUUUUCUUCUAUAAUUCAUUCGAUAAUAACUACUUGAUGAUUAUUCACUAGGCAACCUCAUGAAUAAUAUGUCUAGGUACACUAGCCAUAUAGAAACCUGUUCUUAACCCAUUGUAUUCGCUGCCCCGAUCCAUAAAUAUUGUACCACCGUCAGGUAUCUGGUUAUACGUCAUGGUGGUAUUACUUUGGUUCCAUGGGAUCGACGGUAUAAAUUUUGUUAAUUGCGUGUGAUAAUGCAUACUGAGCUUCAAGUCUACGACCCAUACCAGGCCCGUAGACUACAGUUUUUGAUUAAGCCUUAUUAUGCAUUGUUCUUAAGACGAAAAUUAAUGUGUAAGUUUAACUUUUGGUAGUUUAAUCAGACCUAAAGAUAUUUUUUUUCUAGAAACACAUUUUGUAAUGUCUAGGCAUUGCAGUCGGGCUAUCCAUGGCAAAUAGACUAACUAGGCCUAUACCUUUUUUUUAUAUUAAAGUUUUAAUCAUUACUAUGAAUUAGGGCCCAUGAUUGGAUUAGUACCAGGACUUGUAUCAGGGCUGCAAACGUCUUAUAUAUUUUGCAUCAAUUAUGACGAUUAAUUACGUCAUGCAUAUUAAUGCGGCUCUUCGAAAGAAAUACCUAUAUAGAAUACUACGCGGGUCGUAUUGGUAUUAUUAAUAAUAAUGUAAUAUAAUUUGUCUUAGAAUAACUUUGGUAUAGCUACUGAUUGUGAAUAUUUUAUAUUAAAUAAUGAUUUAGUACAUAA